AUGUGGCUUCGACGUGUUUUCUUGUAUGCAGAACCUCCUAAUAUCACCAAUCUUACUGCUCAUGGCACUAGCCCAAAAAGUGAUGCUCUUCGGUUAGCUGGUAAAUCGUUGAGAUGGACCACACUUGGGAGUUGCGUACAAUUGGGACACGAAAGAGUACCCAUUGACUGGGGAUCCUCUUCCCAAGGAACUCGUCCAGUCGUGACGAGGUAUCUUGGCUUAGGGACUAUGCAUGCGGAUGCGGCUAUAAUUAAUUAUUACCCACCAAAGUCGACACUUUCGCCUCACGUAGACAGGUCAGAACGAACUUCUGCACCGUUGGUGUCGUUCUCCCUUGGCCAGUCAGCUGUUUACCUGUCAGGAGGCAAUUCACUUGACGACGAAGUCGUUCCGUUAUGGCUUCGUUCAGGCGACAUUCUAGUGAUGCAUGCUGCUCAGCGACUCGUUUACCAUGCUGUAGCAGCCAUUCAUAAUCAUCGUCAGUUCAGUUUCAGUAAUCCGCUGCUUCGAAGCCAGUCGCUAACACGAGCGAAGUGA